GUCGAGUCGGCAGGUUGAGCGUUCCGCUCCCCAGAGUCUCUCACCGCGGGGGGUACUGCGUGAGGAAACCCGACAAACAAGAUGUAAAGAUGUCUCCCACGUGUGCGUAUGUCUCUGCUGAGGGAAGCCUCCAGAAGGAGUUGAGAAGUGGCAGAAGGAAUAAUCCGGUUUCAGAUGUUAAAUCCUGAAGGGACUCGAAGCUUUCUACACACAGUAACACUUUUCUAACUCAAUAAUAAUACAACAUAUGUGAUUGUUGUAGAAAUAUAAAAAGGCAACAGAUGACAAAAUAUGUUGUUGAAUAAGUGGAAGUAGUCCAAAUCCAUCAGACGAGACUUUUUAUCUUUCCGAUAAAAAGUAUCAUGGUGACGCCGGCGUGAAACGGCAAAAGUACAAAAAAAGGACCUGGUCUGGCGAAAGAGAUGGAGAGUGUGAAAACGCUGAAGCACUUCCCUCCGUACGGCGCCAUGAUGGGACACUCGUCGGGAGACACCUGCCCCACGUGUAUGGGCACCGGGCGAAUUCCCAGAGGUCAUGCGGACCAGCUCGUGGCUGUGAUACCGUGUAAUGAUGCGAGGCUGAAGCCCAGACGCACGAAGCUGCACGUGUUCAUCUCCAUGGUUGUGUGUCUCUUCCUGUGCAGUCUGAUCCUCUUCUUCCUCUUCCCCCGGAGCGUCACCAUCACGCCGGUGUCGGUGCUGUCGGUCAUGGUGUACUUCAGCGCAGACAAGUUUGACAUGAAGGUCACCAACCUCAUCAACAUCUCCAACGAGAACUUUGUCCCAGUUCAGAUCGUGCAGUUCAGCGUUCAGGGUCUGGUCUCCAGAGCGGUCACCGGAAAUACCAAGAUCACCAACAUGACCGCCAUCCAGUCCCGCUCGCACACAUCGUACACCUUUCAGAUUGACCUGCCCAUCGUCGAUAACGACCUCAACGUUUACUGCAAGUCGAGCUCCACCAAAAUUCACACGUUAUUCCUGGAGCUGCAAAUGACAAUGGACAUUUCGUAUCUCUCUCACACGGAGCAGGUUUAUCUUGACACCUUUGAGUAUAUUGACUGCGGCACCAAUUCAACAAUCCCUCAUCCAAUGAGAUGAGGGAUGAAAAACACUGACGUGGGAGUGUGUGAAAUAAUUAAUAUUCUGGUGUGUGACUUUGAAAAUGCAUCUAAUCCAUCCAGUGAUUUGUGCCUUUUUAUUUAAUGUCCUAUAUAAAGAAUUCAGAGCAUUAAUAUAGCAUCAGCUUAUUGUCUGUGAAGCUGUCGUGAGGUAAAUGUCUACCUGAGCUGAGAAUGAAGUCGCUCUUCAAAUCCCAGCUUCUCUGUGCUUUGUUUACAUGCACUUUAUUUGAGGCUCUUUCAUAGCCACAUGCAUAACUAGAAUAAUUACAUAAAAUAGCAGACACGAAAUUAUGAUUAUUCUCAUGUAUUUUCUUCCAUCCCCAUAGCAACAAAUCAUACAGGUCACACCAGGCGGCCAUAUCCGGUUCUGAAAAGGAAAGCCAAUGCAGAAGUGUUCGUAUAAAUGAUUCAGUGAACAUUGUAAACAUGAGUUUAUGGUCUCAAUCGCUGGUUUCAUAAUGUUCGUGGAGUAAUACAAGGACCCAUUUUAAGUUAAAUAAGCCAUAAAGCAGGCUAUGCUUCUGGGUAAACGGUGUUCGCUGCUAACCGCUGACUCCAUGUUGAGAGCCGUUUUAAUAUUUUACUUGAGUAGAAGAACUCACGGUAGCAACAAAAUGUACCGAUAAUCAAAUUAUCUUGUAUGUUUUAGCAUACCGUAAUGACAUGUUAUGAUUAAAAAACAUUGUUUCAAUUACACUUGGAUGUUAAUAAUAUUAUUGUUGCUGUAAAUCUGUGUUACAGGCACGGAUCAAAAGCAUAAUUUCUGCACUUUUAUUCAAAUAUGUGUAAAUUUCUUUAAAAUGUAACUUUAUUUCACAAUUUUGGUGUACCGGUAUAUGGGAUCUUAAACUCUGAUAAUCUUGUCUGAGUCAUUUGCACUUCAUUAAAUGGUGGCACUUAA